UCGAGUAUACAUUCAUAAAUGACGUAUGUGAUUUUUCUCUUUUAAUUUUUUUUUGUUGCGCAUUUUGAAGCAAAGAAAAUCAGUGUAUGUGCGAUUAUAUAUGUAUUCUGGAACGUAUACGAGUCAAACGCGUUUACACAAUUCGUUUUCGAUUUUUCUGUAUAUUUGCGUGUAAGCGAUUGCAUAAUAAUAAUUUUUAAUCUUUGUGGUUAAACAAAAAGAUUUGUCGAGAGAGAGAUAUUUCAACUUUUUUUUUGGUAUUGUAUCGAUAUAAUUCAUAUAUAUGAUACCUGAUAUUAUAUUCAGGAAAUGCCAUUGCCAUAAUGAAAUUUUUUUACAUUACGCCUGUGAUUUUCGAACUAAUCAUCAUUAUGAAUCAUUUUUUGCCAAAAAAACCAAAUUUUGUUAUCAACCAAAUUGAAUCAUCAUCAUUUAAUGAUGUUAUUAAUAAUACUACUACUAAUGUGAUAUCGAACCAGUUGACAAAUUUAUCGUGGUCAUUUUUCGAAAAAUUUAUUCAUCAAUUAUCAUUGGCAUAUAAUGAAACUUGCCACCAUUGGUAUGAUGAUAAUGAUCGAUUAUUAUCGUUGACGGCCACUAUCAAUAUUGAAAAAUCAUCAUAUAUUGAUAUGAUACCUCAUUUACAAUUUGCAAUUAAAAAUGAUACAAAUUUUACAUUUGAUGAUAAUUAUCUACUACUUAAUCGAUUUAUUGAUUCAAUUAAUUUCGAAAUUUCAAAACGUCCAUCGGAACUUUAUACAAUGUUUCAACCAUUAUUAUUCAUAAUUAUAUUGAUUAUAUCGAUAUUCUACAAAUCUUCUUUCAUUGCACAUAAUCUUUAUUACUUGGCAUUCGAAUCGAUGGUUAUCAUACUUACCGAUGGCCAUGAUUCUUCAAUGUUUGCUUCUUAUUACGAAUCAUUCAUUAUGUUUUUCAUUUUUUGUCUUUCAAUCUACAUCGCUAUUAUUGGUUUUUCUUUUUUUAAACAAAAAUCUUACAAAAUCUGUACCGUUAAAAUUGAUGAUAUAAUCGAUAGUAGUAGUGAUAUGAUCAGCAUCGAAUCAUCAUUAUAUAAUCAUGAUAAUGAUUAUUCGAUCUCAACCGAAAUGCAUGCUGAUGGUGAAUCUGAUCUCGAAAUUAUGGAUAAUCAAUCACAUAUGGAAAUGGAACACAUUUUCGAUGAACAGCUAUUAAUGCGAUCAACACCAAUACGAGAACUGUUUAUCAAUCAUCGACAUCUAUUUCCGCCAUUAUUUGUUCAUAAUGAAUAUUAUCAUCCAAUACCAAGUGAUUGUUGUUCAUCAAUAUCAUCCAUAUCGAAUCUUAAUACAACAAUUGAUUCAAAACAAACAAAUGAAUCAAUCAUAAAUCGAAUUCAUUCAUCUAAUAUAGUACGAAAAAUGCCAUUUAAAUCAUUAAUGGAACAAUCAUCAAAUACACAAUCGUUAAUUAAAACGGAUGUUUCAACCGAUCAUGAUGAUGAUAAUAAUAUUAAUUCGUUUAUAAUCGUUGAUAGUGAUGGCGAAAUUGAUUGAAAAACAAAACAAACAAACACAUACAACACAGAUAUUUUUGAUAUUUUUAUAUAUAAUCAUAUAAAACAACAUUCUCUCUCUCCUUUUAUUCAUCAUUCAGUAUUUCACAUGGCUACUUUGUUAUUUUGAUUCAAACUUUGUUUUUUUUAAUUAUAUAAUAAUUUCAACAGUUUCUUUUUUUUGGAUAUCAAUAAAACAAAACAAAUACAAAUUUUCCUUUUUAUGACAUAUAAAG